CCUCUGUUCAGGUUCUCUUCCAGCUGCACCGUAAAGUAUUCACACAUGGUUUAUAUGGAAGCCUACAUAAAUAAAUGUACAAUUUGCCUAACCGCGGACGCUUUAUAUGUAAACAGGUCCGGUUAUGAUCCAGAAACAUACGUUCCAAUAAGGCCCAACCAGAUUGAGAUGUUCAAAUUCAAAGCCUUUUAGGUGCGUUCCGCGGUCGUCAUGGUAACGGAAAGCUUAAGGUUGGUAGGACACCUGGAGGCUGAAAGGAACCUUGGCUCCCUCCUCCUUCCUAUGCAAGUUAAAGUCUGUUCUAAGACAGUCCGAGUAGUUGGAAACCACACGUAAGCUCUAGCCUGUGUGAGGAUAUUAAGAUUUAAUACUGCGACAAAAGACGAAGAGGAGGAACACUUGAUUGCAAGUAGAAACGAACUACAUGGCUGCUGUGAAAGAAACCACAGAAAGGAGAUGGAGUAUAGCUCAGCCGAGUGUGAGGGCAAAGAGCAGUUUGGUGUGUGUCAAACCGGGAACAUGGAAUCUGGUCCCAUCUCUUUGCGGGCCAAGGUACAGCUUUGAACAGGAUCAGCUCUGUCAUCCCUCCUUCAGGCAACUGCAGGAGAAGGAGUCUUUCCUGACUCAGAGAAAGAUAGAAGAGCUCAGGAAGAAGGAGCUCAUACACAAGCGCUGGACUGAAAACGUGUGGUUUCCCAUCCAGAUGAGGGUGGAGAACCAUACCGCCUCCUGCUACUUCAUGGACUCCAUGAGACACCAAAUCAUGCACAGUCAUUACCUCCUACACUGUCAAUCUAAGAUAAGAACAUCAGGCUCAAGGGAGAUACGUCAAUUAAAUCUUCAAUUAAAAAAAAAACUUAAGAGACCAUCUUCUGCUUGUCAAGCAGGAUCUAAACCCGCCUCCAAUAAAACCUUGGAGCGACCUGAGACUGGUUCCUCUCUUACCAACUCUCUGAUGUCUCAAGACUAACCAGCUUCUUCAGACCUUAUAGUCUCAUCUGUUUCCUACAUUCAUCAAUGCUCCAGAAAAGGAUGAAGUCAAGGAAAUCGAAGAAGCUGCUGGCUUUCUAGAUGCGAAUGCUUCCAACCAAGAGGUUUACCGCAUCUAAACUCACCCUUACCAGUGACUGCAUCCAAAUAAAACCUACUUAUGUUGCUAAC